UAUACAAAUCGCCUAUGCGUCCAUUGAGGUUUCAUAAUUUUCUGGAGUCAUCACGCCCUGUCUCGCACUCCCUUUGCAUCAUUAAACCUUGUUUGGCUAACAUAAGCACUGAUUUAUUUUCAUUCUUCCUCAUAACGCACUUUCUUAUCCCUACUUUAUUUAUAGGAAUCAUCACACUCAUUAUUAGUUAUUCAAACAUAACUAGGAACCAUUAAUAAAACAUAAAUUUAAGAAAUAAAAAAUAAGACAGGAAAAGUAGUUGUCUUGUUGACGGAAAGUGUGACCAUCUUUAAAUAGCCAUGCUCUUCUGCAGCUUCUCAACAACACAUGGAUUAUUGUUCCUCUUUUCCUUUGUCCCGAACACACUUCAACUCCACUCAUUCCCUUUAGUGCCUCUUCAAGUUCCUUCUUAGAUAAGAUUUAUGCAAACCUUCCUCCACCACAAACAACUUCGCUUUAAAUUCUCUCAGCUUCACUGAGUUCGUUAUUUAGUUACUCCAACCAUGAGAGAACCGCACAACAUAACAACCACCAACGACGACGUCCCGUCUGGCGUCGUUUUGUUCGGGAAGUACGAGUUGAAGAGGUUACUGGGAGUCGGCGCGUUUGGCAAGGUGUACCACGCCACCACUGCCGGCACGCGCCAGAGCGUGGCGGUGAAGGCCGUCAGCAAAAGCAAGGUCUUAAACGGAGGUUUUGCUGCCAACGUCGAACGUGAGAUCUCUAUCAUGCGCCGCCUCCACCACUCCAACAUCAUUGACCUCUUCGAAGUACUCGCAACGAAGACCAAAAUCUACUUCGUCAUGGAGUUUGCCGCCGGCGGCGAGCUCUUCCACGCGGUAGCCAGAAAGGGGCGCCUCGAGGAGGACGCCGCCAGGUUUUACUUCCGGCAACUCAUCUCCGCCUUGAAACACUGUCACUCGCUCGGCGUGUUCCACCGCGACCUCAAGCUCGAUAAUCUGCUGCUCGACGAGAACGGGAAUUUGAAAGUCUCCGAUUUUGGGUUGAGUGCGGUCACGGGUCAGAUCCGACCCGACGGGUUGUUACACACUAUUUGUGGAACCCCUACCUAUGUGGCACCCGAGAUUCUGUUGAAGAGAGGCUAUGAUGGUGCGAAAGUGGAUCUGUGGUCGUGCGGCGUCGUUUUGUUUGCGCUCACUGCAGGUUAUUUACCAUUCAAUGAUUGCAACGUCACCGUUUUAUUCAGAAAGAUUUACCGCGGUCAAUUCCGGUUCCCUAGGUGGAUGUCCAGUGAUCUGAGGUACCUCUUAUCACGCUUGCUUGACACAAAUCCCGAAACCAGGAUUACCAUUGAUGAAAUCUAUCAAGACACGUGGUUCAACGCGGGUGAGGACCAGUACGAACCGGUUCGGGUCAAGGAGAGUGAAUGCGUAUGCGGGGAGAGCCGAACCGGGUUCAAGUCGCUGAACGCGUUCGACUUAAUUUCUUUUUCGACAGGUUUGGACAUGUCGGGUCUUUUCGAGGACCCGAACGGGUCGGAUUCGGUGGAACGGGUUGUUUCUGCCGUGGAGCCGGAGAAUAUUAUAGAGAGAGUAGAGGCGACAGCGGAGGAGGAGAAGGUGGUACUAAAGAGGGAGAGAAACGGUGGUGGAGCGAAGUUGGAAGGGCAGGACGGUAAUUUGAUAGGUCUCGUAGUAGUUUACCGGUUAACGGAAGAGCUUGUAGUGGUUGAAAUGAAGAGAAGUGAGAAGGGAGGGGAAUCUGGCGCGAAGUUUUGGAAAGAUAAACUGCGCCCUCUGCUUAUUGAAUUGGCAGGUGAGCGGGAAACGCCGGUUUCCGGUGACUUUUGUAACAUAUAGCUUGGUAUCUAUGUUUUUUGGUCUGGGUACCAAUCAGGAUCCAUCCUUUUUAUGGAUUGGGUUUAUGUUUUGCAGAAUUUGUAAAAUUAAAUACGUAAUAAAGAUGUUUAAUGGAA